GCUUGUUACACGGCUAAGGAUGCGGUCGGCGCUCAGCCGUUGCACCUGGCGGCGGUGACAGCACAGGACGAUGCUCUGCGGUUCCUCGUUUGCAAUCUGGGUGUCGAUGUCAACGCGACAGCUACCCCUCUGCAGAUCACAGCCCUCCAUUACGCUGCCAAGGAAGGACAUGCCGGCACCAUCAAGACCCUUCUGUCCCUCGGCGCCGAUCUAAACGCAAAGGAUGGCAAACACCGAACAGCUCUUCACAUGGCGUGUGCAGGCCAGCACGUGGCAUGUACCCAAAUUCUUCUGCAGUCGGGAUUGCAGGACUCUCCGGACAGCAGCGGAACACGCGCGAGGCAGCUGGCGAAGAAGCCAGACCUCCUCCGGUUUUUCGAAGAGAUCAACAUGAGCGCAGGAACUUGAGGAAUAAAAAUUGUUUCUUUCUGGC